AUGCCAGUGAGUAUAUAUGAAAUACUCACUCUCAGCCAAUCAGCGAUCGUCUGUGUAGUUGACAAAGGAGGAUCUUUCGCCUACGUCACUACAAGCUUCGCCAUAUUUAUUUGCAUAGUAUUGGACCGACUCAUUGCAGUGAACAAACCUCACGACUACAAAACUAUCAUGAGUGCAAGACGCGCCAAGUUUCUAGUAGGAUUCUGCUUUCUGUUCGGAACUUUCUGCUCGUUUCCUAUCAGCAAGUCGUGUCUAACCGAGACGACAAUCGACGACUCUCGGCAGAUCCAACUACUGAUGAAAGCAUACUCGGCAGCUGUUAUCAUUCUCGCUGUCCUAUUCAUAGUGAGCUACACCAAUGUUUUCGUGGUUGCCUGUCAUGCAGUGGCCAGCAAAAACACUGAGACAACAUCUUCGACCGUGCGCUACAGCCAUCUGAACAAAACACACAGCAAAACCGAUCGUCCCGCAAUGGAGGAAUGCGACUCCAAUUCCAAAACAUCCCGACUAUCCAUAACACUUGGCAACUCGAAACGAAAUGCGCCAACUCAUCGCUCAAUUCAAUCCAACUUGGUUGAUUGCGGCGAGGGAGUUGCAAUAACUUCAGCAUGCGGGUCACCGCCAACUACAAACACCGCGGCUUCUGCAAUUUCGUUUGAGGUAACCAACGUUUCCAGGAACCCCCGACCCAGCACUAGCCGCUGUCCCGACAACUCUAAUCCUUCACUGGCUGAAAUCGAGAAAUACAUGCAGAUGAAACGCAAUCGAAGCUUGCGCAAACAGGUCCAAAUAGCACUCACUCUUUUCUUCGUUACAUUCACAUUCAUGGUGUGUUAUAUUCCCAGUGCACUUUUGGAUCUAAAUGCUUGGGGCAUCGACUUGGGUCUAGAAGACAUCGGGGAGCAUAAUGUGGAAGUUCUACUGGGCCUGUUCUGGUUCAGCGUUCCCGCAAACCCAGUCAUCUACGCAUUCACCUCCCCCAGAUUCAGAAAUGAAACCAAAAUUUUGAUCAACAGAUUGGGCUCCUGUCAAGUCUCUCUCAAUGACUCCAUGUGA